AUCAGCUGUGCGGGCGCCACCAUGUUGCGCUCAGCCGUUUAAAUACAAAAGGCGGGGCCCAUCGGCGUGAUGACAUCACAGACGCGCGGGGAGCUUGGCUUCGGCCCCUUCGGCAGGACGUGCCAGGGCCGAGCUUUGAUUGAUGGAGUCCUGUUGAAUGACGGCCCAGACCCGCCUUCUGAGUGAAAGGCGGGGCAUCUAACGGAAGUGUCUCAGCCCACCUUGUUUCGCAGCUAGAAUGAAGCACAUCAACUUGUCCUUCGCGGCCUGUGGCUUUCUGGGCAUCUACCACUUGGGGGCCGCGUCUGCACUCUGCAGACACGGCAGAAAGCUCCUGAGAGCCGCCCAGGCCUUCGCCGGCGCUUCUGCGGGAUCCUUGGCUUCUGUCCUGCUAACCGCGCCAGAAAAAAUAGAGGAAUGUACUGAAUUUACGUACAAGUUGGCUGAAGAAACUAGAAGGUUGUCUUUUGGUGCAGUAACACCCAGUUAUGACUUCAUGGCCCGACUGAGAGGAGGAAUGGAGACGGUUCUCCCCACCAACGCCCAUGAACUAGCCCAGAAUCGACUACACGUGUCCAUCACCAACACCAAGACCAGGAAAAACCACCUGGUCUCGCACUUUUCCUCCAGGGAAGUCCUCAUUAAGGUUCUCUUAGCUAGCAGUUUCGUGCCCAUUUACGCAGGGCUGAAAGCAGUGGAGUAUGAAGAGCAGAAGUGGGUGGACGGCGGCUUCACCGAUAGCCUUUCUGUCCUGCCUACAGGGCGGACGGUCACCGUCUCACCCUUUGGUGGCCGAUCAGACAUCUCUCUGCAGGACAAGGGGCAGCCGGAGCUGUACAUUAAUAUCGCCAAUCAGAACUUAAUCCUGUCAGUGGCCAAUCUGGUGAGGCUCAGCCAAGCCCUUUUCCCACCGAGCAAGAGGAAAAUGGAAUCCCUGCACCAGUGUGGCUUCGACGACACCAUUAGGUUUCUACUAAAAGAAAACUGGUUUGAGUAGAAUGCUUACAAGUUUAUAAUUCAAAACAGAUUUCAGACAUUUUGGGAUGCAGAGUUCUAAUUAAAUAUAUUUUCAAAAAAAUCUAUCAGGACCUUGUCGUAAGUAAGGAAACGAGGCAUUUUAUUAGAUUUUGGCAACCUCGUUAAGAAGGGAACACCAAGGGGAUGGGGAAUCAGUUUCAGGGGAUGGUAAAUCAUGAUUUUUAAACCGUGGCAGGUUGAACAUGGGGGCUGCCAUGAAGACUUUUGCGGAGAAUGGCAGCAUGCCUUCCACAAAAAGCAUGGGCGUCCUUUCACCCGGAACUGAAGGGAACUUAUUUAUGCUCAGCCCCAACCAGGCCCCCAGGGGAAGCCGCUGUCCAGGGUCCUGGCAGUGGGAGCCAGGGGCAGCCUCUCCAAAGACUUGACAAGUGUCAGCUGAACCCAGGUUGGCUUUCUGGGUAGAUGUGUGCUAUUUCUCCUGGGAAGGAGGUCGGGGGCAGAGAGAAGAGGGAAGUCAAAAAGCCCAGGAGACUGGGAAAUAGGUAUGUUUUCCUUUUCUCAGUAGGCAGUUGCCCCACCCCUCCUUCCCCUAAACCCUAGCCCAGCUAAGGAGCUUGUCAGGCUGUUUGGAUGUUUCCUGUUGUACAGCCAGGCCUCGCUUGCAUGUCCUUUUUUGUCUCCCUCUCAGGCUCCCUGAUCACCCCUGCCCUCGGGUUUCCUAAACAGGCCGCACCUCACUGAAUGUUUAGCCAUUGAUCUAUAUGCUGGAUAUAUCGACCCUUAAAUAGAUGAAACACUACUGAAAAUAAAGAACCAAGUGGGCUGGGAAAUAAAAAUGACAUCCAGAAUAAUCAGUCUUUUUCUGUUUCCUUUUUAAAAUCAGGUCUUAUGUUUUUUGAGUAGUUGUCCUAUCCCUUUGAGGACUCAUAUUUGGGUUUACAUUAAUUCACUUACACUGUCUUAAGUCUUAAAUCUGCUUUUAUGGGUUUUGCCAAGCAUGAACUCUCAAUUACUAAGAGGCCGUUAAACACAAACCAAUUUAACUGCAUGUCUUUUAAUUGUUAUGCAUUUCUCUUUUUACCCUUUGAAACCAUUCUUUAAAUCAAGUUUAUGGUUCUUAAAAGCUCCAAAUACAGUUUUCAGCACACAAACACCAACUCAUGGCCCUUUUCUUAUGUGUGCUGCACAGAACCAUAGUAGACAAAAGAUGUUUCUUGGGGUACAUAUUUUUCUCCUCCAGCAAAGAUUUUGUUAAAUCUUAAUAUGUUAUUUUAGUAAGUGACAUAGAAGGAUGGAUUAUUAAUUCAUUGUGAAUUCCAUUUAUCUACUAGGAGAAUUUUCAGUUUUCUCUAAGACUUUUUCACCUUACCCCUUUCUUUAAUCAUUGUGUGUGAUUAUGCUAUUGAUAUAUUUCAAUAAAUUCUUUAUUGA